AACAAAAUCUUGUUGUUUUUUAUUUCAACAUUUAUCAAUUAAAAUAUCUGUGAUAAUUACAGAAAUGAUUGAUUUGAAACAAAAAGAAUCAAAGAAUCAAUCAUGUCACGUUAUCGUUGUCUAUUUUUUCUUUGUAUCAUUCUGUCAAUCAUAUUUAUUGUUACAAUUAAUACAUCAUUUCGUUGGUAUCAAAUUCCUUUGACAACAUCAACAACAACAACAACAAAUAAAAUGAAAAUGAAUGAAUAUAAUCAAAAAUUAGUGAUUAAAAAUGAUCCUGAUUAUGAUCGAUUUCUAAUCAAUCAAAUGACUGAACAAACAACAACAACAACAACAACAACAAUGAUAAAUAUAACUAAUCAAUCAUCAGGAAAGAAAAAAAGAAAAAAUCAAUUACUUCGUCAUUAUUCAUUAAUAUUGAAUGAAAAUUUUAAUCAAUUACCUUGGUUUAUGCCAAAUGGUACAUUAAGACCAUCAAACAAUAAUAAUAAUGAUUUAAUAUUAUGGCCAGAAGAAAUGACUGUAAAUGAUGAUAAAUCAAUGAAUGAUCGUAUUAUUAAUCAAUUAAUGUAUAUACCAAAUAAUUAUGAUGAACAACAAUUCUAUCCAAAAGGUCAUCGGUCAUUGAAAAAAAUUCUGCUUGCAUUUGGUAAACAAAGUUGGCCAGGUUUACCAAUGGGUAGACAAAUAUUUAUUGAAGAUAAAUGUCCAGUUAAUGCUUGUUUUAUAAUGAGUAAUAAAGCAUUGAUUGAUAAAGCUGAUGCUGUUAUAUUUAAAGAUCGUUUUAUUUGGCCAUCAAAAGGACGGCCAUCAAUCAAACAGAUAUGGAUACUUUUUCUACUUGAAUCACCAUUACAUACACAAGUAUUUUCUAGUCUUCCAUCAAAUGUGAUUAAUUGGACAGCUACAUAUCGUCAUGAUUCGGAUAUUGUUGCACCUUAUGCAAAAUUUUUUACCUUUAAUAAUUCAAAACAUCAAACAACGAAAAACUAUGCCAAAGGUAAAACAAAAAAAGUUGCCUGGUUUGUAUCGAAUUGUGGUGCAAAAAAUAAACGUCUUGAAUAUGCACGUGAAUUAUCACGUCAUAUCGAUGUUGAUAUUUAUGGCAGCUGUGGUGAACAUAAAUGUCCACGUUCAAAAGCAAAUGAAUGUUUAGAUAUGUUAAAUAAUGAUUAUAAAUUCUAUCUUGCAUUCGAAAAUUCAAAUUGUCGUGAUUAUAUAACUGAAAAAUUUUAUUUAAAUGGUUUGGGUGAAAAUCGACCAGAUUUAAAUAUAAUACCGAUUGUAAUGGGUGCACAUCCAGAUGAUUAUCGUCGAUCAUCACCACCAAAUUCAUAUAUUCAUGUUGAUGAUUUUGAAUCACCAAAACAAUUAGCAAAAUAUUUAAAUCAAUUAGAUCAAAAUGAUGAUGAAUAUAAUCAUUAUUUUGAAUGGAAACAACAAGGUUUAUUUAUUAAUACAUAUUUUUGGUGUCGUUUAUGUGCAUUAUUACAUGCUAAUGAUAAUGAUAAUGGUAAACCAACAAAUAGUUAUGAAAAUAUUCAUCAUUGGUGGACAUCAAUAUCAACAUUUAAUAUACAUGAUAAUGAUUUUAAUAAUAAUAAACAGCCUAUUUGUAUGAAAAAUACAAUUCAACAUUGGCCAUUCCUUAAUAGCAAAUCAUCAUCAUCAUUAGCACAGCAAAAAUAAUAUUUGCCCCUUUCGUUUUUCAUUGGUCUUAUUUAAAGUGCAAUCACAUAUUGUUGUUACAUAUUUAUUUAAAAACACCACCUUCUCCCUGAAAAAUACACCCCAAACACACAAAAAAACUAUAAAUCAAAUUGUCCAAUUAGUGUUGAUUUUUUUUUUGUUAAUUAAUUACAGAUCAAACAAAGAUAUUUGUAAUAGAGAGAGAAAAAAUAAAAAAAAUGGCUGUGAUUUUUAUUCAAAAAUAGAUUUUUGUUCACUUUCUUAUAUUCUGUAUCAUUG